AUUGUUGCCAGAGACAAAAAUCGCACAAAAAAUAAGAGGGUAGUUUCAAAAUUGAUGUUGAAUAAACGCAUAAUGUUGUCAAAGUCUGUGUUUGAUGAAAUAUGAUUGUGAUCGUUUAAUAAAUGAAAGUUUAAUGUUGGAUUGGCUGUUAGAAGUUAUCAAACAAAACAUCACGAUGUGUCCCACUACGGAAGCGUACACAGACGUGGUGGAGCUAUGCGCGUUGCUUCAAUGUCUCGGGUUCAGCGUGAAGUCGCUCAACACCAGCGACGGCAAUGUGAGCCAGGAGAAUGGGGCUAGGACUGUGGUCAUCAACUGCCAGGCUUCUGGUCUCCACGUGGUGCUGGAAAGCGGGAGUUCCUCAUGCUCCUGCCCGCCUGAAGCCAGCAACAACAACAGUGGCGUGUGGCACGUGUCUGGGAUAGCAGGCGGCCAACGGCUCGACAAGGAGUUCGGCUGCUCGAUCCUCGGUCAACUCCCGAAGGCACAUCGCGAGCGCUUGUCCGCAGAAUUGCGUGUCAUGAUGCGCUGCAUCAGGGAGAGUGGAGAUAUAGACGAUAAGUCUAAGGAAAAGGUCAACAAGUCUGCUAGUAUGGUCGAGGUUAAAAUGUCUCCGGAGAGACAUCUAUUAAAAGCGGAGACCCCGACACGUUACCGAUCCCUGGACACAUUGACGGCUGCGAAGGAAGACCAGCAGUUGCCGCCGCCUGGCUUGCUGCAGAAGAAGCUUGUGCUGACUGACACAUCAACUGAUGACGUCACUACUGAUAAUAAAAAGUUGAUGUGUCGAAGGCAAAGCACUUACAUGGUGUCACCUCCGGGUAGUGUUAAAGUUCGCAACAAGACAUCUAGCUUCUCCAGCCCCCUCCAGCAGCCCCGAAGCGUGGUACUCGAGAGCUUAAUAGCGGCCGAGAAGGCAGCCGAAGGUCUCCGGCAACAACUGGCCACGAUCAUCAAACAGUUCUCUGACGAGGGGAAGGAUGAUUCUUCCAUGUCUUCGCUAGCGCUCGAUGUCUCCAAGAUAUCCGUACUGAAGGGCACAGAACCAAUGAAAACCCAGUUCGCUUCAAGUCCCAAUCUCUCCGGUCUAGGCACAGUCUACGAAGACAUGAAGAAAAACAAACUAUUGAGACUAGAAAGCGCGUCCACCUCCAACCUGGGGCCCAAGAAACAAACGCCUAUCAAAGAUGGCGGCAUAGCUUCCAAGCUUAGACGCAUCUCGCCUAACUUCUUCAAGAAAAACACUUUGACCAUCAAGAAUGACAAGCUGAAGCCACAGGAUAAGAAUAGUAAACUAAAUAGCAUCUUCAAGCCAAAGGCAGUAACCCCUAAACUGAAAUCAGAAUCUAGCCCAAACCUCAGUGCAUCAACGAAGAAGAGAUUUAGUCACGUAAAAUCCACCAUACCUCGACCUACACCAAAAAAGGAAUAACAUUAAAAAAAAUAUUUAAAAUGCUUUUAAAAUUUAUUUAUUUAACUAUUGGAUGGCAGUGUCUUUUAUUAAAUAUAUUAACUAAACUAA